AUGGUAUCCCCGUUGAGGCUUGAAAGUGCUGAGGAGAUGAUGGAUGCUGUAAAGGAAGCCAAGCAUCCAAUAAAAUUGACAAAAGGCUUGAAAUAUAAUGCCCCAAAGGAGAAGCCUAGGCGUAAUGAAUCUUUGCUAAGACCCUACAACCAUACAGGGGAAGUUUCAAAAGAGGCAGUUUUAAGGCCACCAGCUGGAUAUGGAAAAAGCAGUUUAAGAUUAAAGCCAGAUGAUGAAUGGGAUAUUGGUCUUAAAGGAGUGGCUACAAGUUCAAUGCGUAAGGAGGAUCAUGUGAUAGAUAUGAUGGGAAAUAAUGCAAAUGUUCUGCCGCCUCCAUCCCCAUCUCCCCCUAUAACGUUGAAAAAUUCAACUAAGAGUUUAAAUCCUGUAAAGUCCUUCACCAUUGCAUUUCUUCAACAGUAUACAAACAGCUUUUCUCAGGAAAAUCUUAUUGGAGGAGGCAUGAUUGGCACUGUUUAUAGGGCUGAGCUUCCAGGUGGGAAGCUACUGGCCGUUAAGAAACUGGAUACUGCAGCUUCCAGGCAGCUGAGUGAUGAAGAUUUUCUUGAACUAGUCUCUGGUAUCUCUAAACUUCGACAUGCUAAUGUUGAGCUCAUGGGUUACUGUGCUGAGCAUGGGCAACGGUUACUUGUCUAUUCAUAUUGCAACAAUGGGACGCUUCACGAAGCACUGCAUAUGGAUGAUGAAGUCCACAAAAAAACUUUCAUGGAAUACUCAUAUCCACUUGGCACUUGGAGCUGCAAAGGCCCUAGAGUAGCAUGGGACUUCAAGUCUGCCAAUAUUCUCCUUGAUGAUGAGCUUGCAGUACAUGUCUCAGAUUGUGGUUUGGCUCCUUUAAUAACAUCUAACUCUGCAAGUCAGUUGCAAGGUCAUGGUUAUGGUACCCCAGAACUUGAGUGUGGAAACUACAAUUAUCAGAGUGAUAACUACAGCUUUGGAGUUGUUAUGUUGGAACUUCUCACAGGGCGAAAAUCCUAUGACAGCUCACGACCUCGAGGAGAGCAAUUUCUGGUUAGAUGGGCAAUUCCUCAGCUUCACGACAUAAAUGCAUUAUCAAGGAUGGUUGACCCUUCUCUAAAUGGGUUGUAUCCAUCUAAGUCUUUCUCUCGUUUUACCGAUAUAAUUUCUCUCUGUGUCCAGGCCGAGCCAGAAUUCCGAUGUCUGAAAUUGUCCAGAACCUCUUGCACACGAUUCAGAGAGAUCCCUGAGAAAGAGGUGGAUGGGGAUUAACUUAAUCAAGAAAAUGAGCAUUGGAGAUGUUAAAUAUGGUUGAGGGUGCAAUGGUUCAAAGUUUGUUCUCCUAGGUCCUUGAGAAAAUAUUUUGUACAAAAUAGGUGCAUGAAUAGAUCUGAUUAUUUAUUUAUUAUUAUACAU